AUGUACGAGGCCAGCCAACAACUUGAAAAGCUUCGGAAAAAAUUCUUAGAUUCAUUUGCCCUUAUAUACUUUACUUUAAGAGUAGGAGGAGAUAUAGCCUCAGCAGUUUGUUUGGAACAAGGCCAUCCGAAUGGGAACGUGUUACGUCUCGCGCGGAAUUUUGGCGUUCCUCCCGACUUUGUCGACCAGCUUCAGCUAAUUCUCCAUGAUUUGACCGCUGUCGCUUCAAAAGAAAAGUCAGUAAAGGACGGGGAAUUUGAGAUCUUGCUCAAGAUUAUUAAGUUAACUGGUAACAAGAUUUGGUCCCUUUUGGAGCAGUUUCAUGAUCCAAAAAUCCACGCUACUGUCCGACGAAAAAUCUCUGCUUUAAGGACGGACGAAACGUACCUGGAUAACGGCGAAAAAGCAGAUUUUUAG